CAUAGAAACAGAGCGCAGAGAGACGCUCUACGUCACUCCUGCGUCCACCAAGCAACGGGACCGGGUCUACUCUGGUCUCUUCUGUACCUGGGGGAUUAGUCUGUGGGUAAUCGGUGUGUGUGAAAGGGGAGAGACCGGGGACUGCUCGGUAAACAUGGCGCUGGAGUGCUCUCAGGACGCCGUGCUGGACUUUCUGAAGGACCGAGGAGGGAGGGUGAAGAACUCGGAGCUCAUCGAGCACUUUAAGACCGUUUUCCCUGAGGAUCCUCAGAAGAAGACUGCAGCGCGGAACCGGUUCAAAGUCUACGUGGACACUGUAGCUUAUGUUAAAACUGAGGAUGCAGUGAAGUAUGUCUGCAUGAAGAAGAAGUUCCGAGGGUCCGUGAAGGCAGCAGAUACACAGGUGAAGCCUGCAGCAGCUCAGGUGAGCGGUGAUGACGCAGAGGAGGAUCCCGCCCCGUGCACAUCUGGGUCAGGUUACGGAAGUGACAGCCAGGUGAAGAGUUCAGGUGAGAUGGGGAUCAGAGGAAGCAUUCACAGAAAGGAGUCCAGGAAGGAGCAGAAAGCACGAGACAUCCCGGAAAUAACCCUGAUACAAGCGUCGCCUCUCCCUGCAGAGGGAUCCAUGUUCAACCUGCCUGGGCCUGCAGAGCACACGGGACAGGUAGACCCGGCUGGGCAGGUGUCGUUAGAGGGCCUGAGGGAGGUGGAGGUGGUGACGAGGCGGAGCAGACAGGUAGAUGACGAAGAGGAGGAUGAAGACUUGCACAGUCUGUCUGACAGUGAGGGGAACAGCUCCCCCAAAGGCAGCAGGAAGCACUUCAUCCAGGUGAUGAUGAGCAGCUCCCCUCAGGUGAGGCGCAGCAUGGUGUUCAGGGGCUCGGUGCACCUCUCCAACAGGAGCGACAGUGACUCCGCCUCCCUCAUCUCCUGUCUGGACGAGGACCGGACCUCUGUGACUCUGGACCCGAUGGAGCACGAGUGGAUGAUGUGUGCGUCGGACGGGGAGUGGGGCAGCUUGUUCCCGCUCCUGGCCUCCGAGCCGAGCCUGGUCCUGAGGAAGGACUUCAUCACCGGGUUCACCUGUCUGCACUGGGCCGCCAAGCACGGGAAGCCGGAGCUCAUCGCCAUGAUCAUCAACUUCUCCAAGCAGCACCACGUCCCCAUCAGCGUGGACGCACGCUCCAACAUGGGGUACACGCCGCUGCAUGUCGCCGCCAUGCAUAACCACAUGGAGGUCGUGAAGCUCUUGGUGGGGGCGUACGGCGCCGACGUGGAGAUCCGGGACUACAGCGGGAGGAAGGCCUGCCAGUACCUCACCGACAGCGUCAGCGUGGACAUCCGGGACAUCAUCGGAGCCUACAACUCCCGCUCUGAGGCAGAGAACAAACCCAGCGAGGGAGCCCGAUGGAGGUUCUCCAAGGUCCUCCAGUCCAACCUGAAGCCCCUCAGGCUCCUCCACCCCGAGGACUGUGACUCUUUGGACGGCGAGGACCGACCCCCCAGAGAGAAACCCCUCAGGAGGAAGUCCUCCCUCAGCAGGAUGAAACCCAAACUGCAGCGGCUCCGAGUCAGGACCUCCCAGAUCAUCCACAGCACCUCAUUCAGGGACCAGGACGAGCUGGAGGGCUCCACGAGGGGGUCUUUCAGAUCCAGACCCAAGACCAGUUUCUUUGGAUUAAACCAGGACUGACCCAGAACUAACCAUGGACUGACACUUAAAGGGCUAUUCUGGCUUUUAAAACCUGUGUCCUGUUUGAAGUUUAAAUUAUGAACAGGUACAAAUAGAUCCUCUCCCUGCUGUAGGCGUGUUCCUCCUGCAGCAGGUGUGUUCCUCCUGCAGCAGGUGUGUUCCUCCUGCAGCAGGUGUGUUCCUCCUGCAGCAGUGUGUUCCUCCUGCUGCAGUGUGUUCCUCCUGCAGCAGUGUGUUCCUCCUUCAGCAGGUGUGUUCCUCCUGCAGCAAUGUGUUCCUCCUGCGGCAGUGUGUUCCUCCUGCAGCAGGUGUGUUCCUCCUGCAGCAAUGUGUUCCUCCUGCAACAGUGUGCUCCUCCUGCAGAUGUUUAAAAAUGUUCAUAGUGAUAUUUUUCUACCUAAUCUUGAGUUGAGGAGGAAAUGACUCCUCUGUCAGGAUGUGAUGUUUGCAGGACAUCCCAAGACUUGGGAAUAUCAGUUAAAUCACUAGUUUUUUAUAGUUUGUGAUCAUUAAUUAGUACCCCCUUCUCUAACCAGGUCUUCAGGGGUUUAAAUAAUUAGUUCAUAUGUCUGUCUUUACAUGAGAAUCUGUGAAAAGAAGAACAUUAGACAAUCAGAACUAUGAGCUCUUAUUUUGAAAGGACAGCUCAGAUUAGGUGUUCGACACUGAUCACGCUGCAGGUCGGCGUGCUCCUCGUUAUCCGCACACUGCUGACGUUAAAUCCUCGACCUUCAGUCCGUAAUCUGGACCAAAGCUGCAGAUUUCUGCAGUACAAGACGCCCGGCUGAUUAACCCUUUAAUCACUGCAGACAAGCAGUUAGUGUUCAUUCACAUUCUUCACAUUCCUGUACUCUGUUAGACCUAAACUUAUUCAUGAACACGUUUUCAUGCUUCUGGUUUUAAACUGGAUGAAAGCAGCGUUAGAGCUGAAUCAAGUCUUUGUGUUCAGAGCAUAAACACUGAUCUCUUACAUCACAAACUCUGUUUGUUACACAGCAGGAUUAUCCUCACGUUUAAUCCAGACUCAGGGCUGCAGGUUUGGACUUGAGUUAUUGCUCAAGUUCCUCCUGUCAGCCUGAGUUAAGGUUGUUACCUGGAGGAAUGUGCAGGUGAGUUUCCAUGACGUAAGAAGUUAAAGCUGCACUCUAAAGUUUUUACAAAAUGCAUUCCAGCAAAUACUAACCCUGCAGACUGUAAUCCAACAUAAUCUGAAUAAUCUUAGAAAUGUACAUAUUUACCCUGUCGUGAUUUGGGACUCAAUAAAAAUGCACUUGGAUGAAAACUUUAA